ACAAGAAAGAUUCUUGAGUGGUCCCCUUCCAACGUUGUUCAAAUCCUUCCGUUCUGUUCCAUAAGUUGGUCACGGGGCCAGGAAAUGAGUUUCAAAGAGUUUCUUCUCUGACAGUACGAGGCCCAGGGGUUUGAUAUUUGAUAUUUUAUAUCAUCUUAGGUCCUCUCUCAAAGUUUUACUGUAGUGUCAAAAUUGGCCCCGCCCCGGUUGUCAUAGGUUUACAUUAAAAAUCUUCUUGUCUGAAGGAACAAGGUUCACAGCUUUUAACUUUUGUAUAUAUUUUUUUUUAUAGAAGAUUGUCUACCACAUUUAUUCAAAUUAUAGCCCUGUUUUCCCGGGGAUCAUACGUUUUACUUACUUUAUAAAUACAUAAAAAACUUAAAAAUCUCUCGUCUAAAGGUACAAGACUUAGAGUUUAGAUAUUAUGUAUAUAUUAUCAUCUAUAAGUCCUCUACCAAAGUUUUUCAAAUGUUGGCCCUAGUGUCAAAAUUGGCCCGGCUCCGGAGCGUCAGAUGUUUUCUUUAUAACUAUGAAUAUAUAGUAGAAAUAUGAAAAAAUUCUCCUCUGAAUUCCCAAAAGCUUAAGGUUUAACAUUUUGCUUGAAACAUUAUGUAGAGGACAUCUACCAAGAUUAUUCAAAUCAUAACUCUUUGAUCAAAAUUGGCCCCGCCCAAGGUGUCAUAGGCUUUUUUUUAUAUGUAUAUAGUAAAGACUUAAAACAUCUUCUUUUAAAUCUAAUACAGUUGUACAUUGCCCCCUUGUUAAUACAGGCACCGUGUAACUGUAACAAAAAAUGGUUUAAGCGCAACUUCACGGCCUUUGGAUGAUACAAUGCCUGAUAUAGGAAGAACAAGACAAAUAGAUAGUGUAGAUGGUAUCCAGUCGACUAUGAGGAAGCAUCGUAAAAGUGACGAAUUUAGAUUGGGAGUGCAAAAUGAAGCGCGUAGGGCAAAAGAUAAAUAUAUUAAAGAACCUCUCCCAACAGUAAAGAGAAGGAGGUUAAACCUAGAAGCAGGAAGAUCAGAGCUUGCAACUAGAUUACAGGAUAUUAAUCCUUUAACUAGGCAAUACUUUCAUGAUAAUUUUGAUGACAGCGGACCUCGGAUUAAACAGAUGGACGAGGUUGACGAAAUCUAUGACCGAAUAGGAUCUAAAGGAAAAGUGGGCCGUCAACUUAGCAAAAGACUUAAAUAUUUUGUAAAAUCUGCGCAGAGAAAGAACCCAGAUGGCACUGAACGUGCAAAUGGAACAAGAGAACAUCGUGUCGAUUUAUAAGAAGACCAGCAUCUAUGCUAUUGAAGAAACAACACAAAAUACCGCAUUUUAAAAGAAGUAAAAAGAUAUCUACUUCAGAUGAACAAUUUGAGUAUACCAAGAUGAUCUGCAGUGUUUUUAAAAUUGGAAUAAACAUGACAUUUUUUAUUAUUUCAAAGUACCAUAAAAUACAGAUAUAUAGACAAAGCAAACUACAUAUUAAUGGUAAUCAAAAAACGUACUCUGAAUCAAAAAUAGUCUUGACUCAUUGAUUUAGGAUAAAUUUUCUUUACUAAUGUUUCUUUUAAUUAAAAUAUAGAUUUUAUUGCAUUGGCAUCAACUGCACCUUGGACAAUCACCACAUUUUAUAAGCUUGUAUAUAUGUUGUUAAUCUCUGGGACCAAAUCUUAUCGACAAAUGGUUGACUGAACAUUUGAAUAAACUGUUUUUAAAUCAUUAAUUUUUGAUAAGAUUUUAUGUUAUCAUAUAUAUUUAUUUGCAGUGGAAAAAAAUCAAAGCAUAUUUGUUUCUUAUCUUAUACGUGUACUUGUUCUUUUUUUAAACUUGUUUUUCCUUUUAAUUUUACAUAGUGUAUAGCUAUAUUGCAAUGUUGUUUUUAUUUGAUAUGAUUAUCUAAUAAUAUUAAUUUAUUUGUUUUACUUGAUAUAUGUAAAUCAUGUUAUAUAUAUAUUUUGAAGUGAUGUCUCAAAACUUGGAUUUUUAAAUCCAAUUGCAAAUUCAUCUCGACGAUCUGCAUACGAAAAAAAAUCAUAUUGAUGGAUAUACUAAAGAAACUAACAAAACAAAGAAAACAGAAUUGUUCGUUCUUUUCAGCUAUCAUAUUUAUUUCCUAUCUAUUGUAUAUCUCAUUAAUUUAUAAGUUUUAUUUUAAUUUGCACGAGUUGCAGGCUUUUAUUUGAUCAAUCA